GUAGGAAAUAAACUUGAUAACAGUGAUCACAACAUAUUGUACUGCACGCUACCAUUCCGACUAACAACUAAACACACACCUAAAAAUUCCCCGGUGCACUAUCAGUAUAGGGACUAUAAGAAUGCCGAUUGGGAAUUCCUAUCAGAUCUGCUGAAAAGUUCUGACUGGGAAGAAUACUUCAUUAACAAUAACUUAGAAGUAUCACUCGAUAUUUUCUACAAAACAAUUGGCUCAGCAAGAGACAUAAUCGCGCCCCUAAAAUCUGCUCUAAAGACACCAACUCCAUUUAUCGACCGCAAAACGCGACUAAAACUAAAGAAAUUGAAAAGGAAAUACCAUGUAUUUAAGGAAUUUAAUGCGUUAAACCAAAUACAUGAAACUCUUAAAGGGCUUGAAGAGAAACACAAAAUGAGGUCACAACUUGAAGAAAAUAAAGCGCUUGUGGGUAACUCCAAAACUCAGGAACUUUGUAGGAUAUUGCAGAGACGUCUAAAAAGUAGUAAAGACAAUACUGUAAGCAGCUUGGAGCAUAAGGGUAUAAUACACAAUGAUCCCCAGGUUAUAAGCGAACUCCUCAAUGAGUGGUUUUGCAAUGACGCCAGAGUGCACCCAACCCCAAAUUUCCAAAUGACUUGCAAAAGCAACCACAAAUUAGGCGAAAUAGACUUUAAUAUGCAAAAUAUAGACUCAGCGAUUAAGACUUUGAAGUCUAAUGGUAGUACUGGAACAGAUGACAUACCAUCUGUCAUGUACAAAAAUGGUAGCACGGAAAUGGUAGUCUUGUUACUUAGAAUAUUUACUCUCUCAUUAGAAACUGGAACUUAUCCUGAAGUGUGGAAAACCACAUACAUAUUACCUAAGCACAAAGCAGGGGCCAAAACCAGUGUAUGCAACUAUAGACCUAUCAAUAUAACACCGGUAAUAUCCCGAAUAAUGGAGAAAGUG